AUGCCCAAUCCACUUUUUGGGCUUCUAACGCCAAACCAUCAAAUUUCCAUUCCCACACCAUUGGCACUAGGACUUGGAGCUCUAGGUUUCGUCAGCCUCUGUUCUCGAAUCAAUUCAUAUCUAUCUAGGAAAGCCCUCAACCAUGGCCCAUCAACGCGGACCUGGGACUCGAAACUGGAGAUCGUCGUUGUGACAGGUGGUUCUAGCGGAAUCGGAGCCGCAAUUGUCGAGCUCUUAUCAGACAUGGGUGUCAAAACCAUCAUCUUGGAUAUCAACGAGCCACAGGAGAAGCUGAAACAAAACACAAUUUUCUAUCAAGUCGACCUUUCCAAACCAUCGCAAACCUCCUCAGUCGCAGCAAAGCUCCGUGCAGAACACGGUGACCCUACAGUUCUGAUCAACAACGCAGGAACCGAAUUCAACAAGCCCAUCCUAGAGCUCUCAGAGUCCCAGCUUCGAGGAACAUUCGGCGUGAACAUCCUCGCACACUUUUUCUUGGUCCAGGAAUUCCUUCCGGCCAUGGUAUCCCAGAACCACGGCCACGUGGUGAGCGUAGCCAGUCUAGGCUCUUUUACGACCAGCGCCAUCAACGUGGACUAUGCGUGCACGAAAUCGGCUGCGCUGGCGUUUUAUGAGGGGCUAGGUCAGGAGCUGAGGCAUGUGUAUAGGGCACCUGGGGUGCGCAAUUCGUGA